AUGCUGCUCCAAAGCGUUUUCUUGCUAUGCUUCACUAUAUCAACACAGGCUCGUACACAUCUCGGACGUACUGCGCAGGCGAUUGAAGCAAGACAACUCAGCAAUGAGACAACGUACGAUUUCAUUAUUGCUGGUGGUGGCAUUGCGGGGCUCACGGUUGCAGACCGUUUGACGGAGAACCCAAAUGUCACUGUACUAGUCAUCGAGUAUGGUCCGUUUGACCAGAGAGAAGAUGGUGUCAUGAUACCUGGCGCCUAUUUCCCGGUGCCUUACCUCUGGCUGCCCUUGAUGAGUACGCCACAAACCGCGCUUGGUGGUAUAUCCUAUGGUGUGCCAUGUGGCAGGGUGGUGGGCGGCGGGUCUGUUGUGAACGCCAUGUUCUUCCAUCGAUCGGAUGCAGAGCUAUACAACGCCUGGGAAGAACUGGGUGCGACUGGCUGGGGUUGGGCUGAUCUGUUUCCGUACUUCAAGAAGAGUGAGACGUUUACAGCACCGGACGCGGACUAUGCAGCUAGUCACAACAUUACCUGGGAUGUUUCCGUACAUGGCUUUGAGGGCCCAGUACAGGCUAGCCACGCUCCUUAUGACUACCCGGGUAGUGCCAAUAUGUACAAUGGAGCCCUGAGGCUAGGUAUCCAGCCAGCCCUGGAUCCCAACAAUGGCCGCGCUCAAGGCAUAUUCCGUCUCCUUCGCUCCGUUGAUCCCAAAACGCAGACGCGUUCUUCAGCUCGAAUCAAUCGCUAUGAUAGGGAUGCGGCGAGGCCAAACUAUCAUAUCCUCUCGAAUACGGCGGUAUCGCGCGUUCUGUUCGAGAAUGUCACCGCUGUAGGCGUGGAGUAUAUUGGUUCGACCAGUGGCGAGAAGCACACUGUCCGAGCGAGCAAAGAAGUCAUCAUAGCUGCUGGAAGCGUUCAUACACCGCAGAUCCUGCAACUUUCUGGGAUUGGCGACGCUGCUCAUCUGAAGAGCUUGGGUAUUGAUACUGUUUCAGGUCUUCCUGGUGUCGGUCGAAAUUUGCAGGAUCAUCUGGUUCUGAAAGUGUAUUACAACUAUACAUCUAAUCACUUCCCGAAUGGCGGUUCAUUGCAGUCCAACGCUACGUACGCCACAGAACAACGCGCUUUCUACGACGCUGGAAAAGCAAGCGCAUUCGACCUCACUGGUACAACUGGCAAUCUCAUGAUCCAGCUACCGCUGUCAAACUGGACGAAUGACUCCGCAUCUAUCAUAUCUCGAGCAUCCUCACUCUCACCGACCGAUGUACUUGGAAAAGAUACCGACCCAUCAGUUCUCGCUGGCUACGAAAGACAGCGUGCCAUCAUCCUCAAGGACAUCAACGUAGAGGCCGUGGGCGGUCUAUCAUGGAACACCGGCCCAGAAACAAGCAUCUACAUGACCCGCCCUCUCAGCCGUGGUUCAAUCACCAUAAACUCAACCAACAUCUUCGAUGCUCCACUCAUCGAUUACGGCGCGCUGACAGACCCAACCGACCUUGAUAUUCUCUACGCAAUCUACAUGAAGAACCGCGAACUAAUGGCAACACCUGAUGUUGCCAUUCUCGGUCCCAUAGAGACAGCACCCGCACCGGGCAUCAGCAAUGAGCGAGAUAUCAAGGAGAAGAUCAAAGUGGCUUUGCAGCCAAGUAACGCGCAUCAGUGCUGCACUGCUGCUAUGAUGCCAAGAGAAGAUGGCGGGGUCGUCGACCGGCAGAACAGAGUCUAUGGCACAUUCGGACUGAGCGUGGUGGAUGCGAGUACGUGGCCGCUUGUUGCUGGUGGUGGGCCGCAGGCUAGUGUUUAUGCUGGAGCUGAGAAGGCCGCGGAUAUGAUCAAGAAGCGUCACGGAAUCGGCCUCAUGAUAGCUUACGCCCUCGCCUCCGCCGGCGCAUCCAAAGUAUACAUCCUCGGCCGCCGCGAAGAUAAACUAUCCACCGCAGCCUCUCAACACGAAAACAUCGUCCCACUCCAACGCGACAUUACAUCCAAAGCAUCCCUGCAAGCCGCCGUAGACUUCAUCACCCAAGACACAGGCUACAUCAACCUCCUGGUCGCAAACUCCGGUAUCUACGGCCCACCAUCAAGUUUCGUGCCCGGUUCAAGCGUCAAAGAGCUGCGAAAAUCCAUGUUCGAGAACACAUCUAUGGAAGAAUUCACGCAGACCUUCCACGUCAACACCACCGCGACGUAUUUCACCAUGCUGGCUUUCCUUGAACUACUGGAUGCAGGGGAUAAGGAUGCCACAGCCGGUGGGUUUGGUAAGCCACUGAAAGAAGGUAGCAAAGUACCAAGUAUCCAGUCCCAAGUCAUCAUCACAUCCAGCGUAGGCGCCUUCCUGCUACCGGGCUUGCGCCGCAUGGUAUCAGAGUCAAUGCUCUAG